AUGUCUGACUACACUGAACGCAACAAGAACAGGCCCUUCGACAUCAUUGUCUGGGGUGCCACCGGUUUCACUGGUGCCUUGGUCGCUGAGUACCUUGCGAUCAAAGCUCCCAAAGAUGUGAAGUUUGCAAUUGCUGGACGUAGCCAGGAAAAGCUGGAAGCUGUCGCCAAGCGCAUCGCUGAGGCUGCUCCUGGGAGUAAGGACAUCACUAUCCUUACUGCCAAACUUGACGAUGAAGCCUCCAUGGACAAGCUUGUUUCACAAGCGAAGGUGGUCAUCUCGACCGUGGGACCAUUCGCUUUGCAUGGCGAGCCUCUUGUUGCCGCGUGCGUACGAAACCGCACCGAUUACAUUGAUAGCACGGGCGAGCCACCUUUCAUCAAGAACAUCAUUGAGAAAUACCACGACAAGGCAGUUGCUGACGGUACCCUGAUUGUCCCAAGUUGUGGAUUCGACUCUAUCCCCUCAGAUCUCGGCACAUUCCUUCUCGCGAAUCACUUUGCAAGCAAAGGAAAGCAGCUCGGAGGAGUGAGGUGCAGCGUGGAGGACUUCAAAGGAGGCGUGUCAGGCGGAACUGUUGGCUCGAUCCUCAACAUUGUCAACACAACCUCAUACAAGGAACUGGCCAAGAUGGCCGAUCCUUACUACCUUUGCCCCGCUGAUGCGGCCCGCGGUGAUGAGAAGAAGGCUCCUUCCAACUUCCGGUACGACAAGGACCUCAAAACAUGGCAAUCGCACUUCAUCAUGGCGUCUGCGAACGUCAAAUACGUCCACCGCUCCAACGCUCUGCUUGGCAACGCCUACGGCCCAAAGCUCAACUACACGGAAACCCAAGGACACAAGAACGCUAUCGCUGCGGGUGCUACGUCCGUAGGCAUGGGUAUCGGAGCUGCGAUGUUGAUGAUUCCUCCGUUCCAAUGGACUGCCAACUGGGCCGCGAACAAGUUCAUCCCCGCUGGAUCAGGCCCUACUAAGGAGCAGAGGGAUAACGGAUACUUCAAGGUCAAGCUGAUCGGUGACGAAGCCACUGAGGGUGGCCUCAAAGCCGUCGCCAACGUCGUCGGUCACCAAGACCCCGGAUACGCUGGCACAAGUUUGAUGCUCGCCGAGUCAGCUCUCUGCCUCGUCCUGGACCGCGGCCAUCUCGCUUCCAAGGAGCAUACCGGCCAGUUUGCUGGCAAGGUGAAGGGUGGUAUCGCGACUGCCGCUUCGUCCAUGGGUCUGGCUCUCGUUAACCGUCUGAGGAAGGCCGGCAUGGAGUUCGAUGUUGCAGACUUGUAG